GGCUCAGCGUGCCUUGGUUGAUUGGAUUGCGGCGCCCCGAGAUAAGGGUUGCGCACGAUCCCGGCCCUUCGAUGCUACCCUGAAUUUCCAAUUCCUUAGCUACGACGCAGCCGAGUGGUGAUCAGAAUAAACCACCUUCUACAUAGUAUAAGCUUCCCGUUGGUUGUCGACGCUAGAUUCGCGUCCCGCUUUCUCGAUGUAUAUAAUAUCUCCGUUAUCUCGUCUUAGACUGGGGGGCAUAGGGAUAGGGUUCAGAGAGCGCCUGAAAAAAAUAACCAAUUGGUUCGCUUGAUAUGGUUUUCAUCAAAUCGAAUUGAUAAUGAUUGCUCCACGUGCCUACCUUAAUACCCCGGUGUAUAUACAUACCUGGGUCUGCGUUGAGUAAAUAAAUGAAGCCGUGGGUUGAAAUUGCGUAGGUACCUAACCUAAGAUAAUAUAUAACUAAUAUCUUCGCAUCGUAUAUCAGUGUCCUGAGUUCUUGUCGCUGCCUUUCCUAUUCCCAUACUUCGUAUUGUCCUCAAGUUGCAAGAAGGAAACAUCCACCAACCAUGGCGCGCAUCGCAUCUUUCGCUCUCCUAUCCGCGGCGGCAGCGCUCCCCGGCGCCCUGGCCUGGGGCGCCAUGGGCCACGAGGCGGUCGCCUACGUCGCGAGCAACUACGUGAGCGCGUCGACGAGGACCUUCUUCCAGGCCUUGCUGGACGACACGUCGGCGGACUACCUGGCGAGCGUGGCGGCGUGGGCCGACAGCUACCGGUACACGAGCGCGGGCAAGUUCACGGCGCCGUUCCACUACAUCGACGCCAACGACAACCCGCCGGCUAGCUGCGGCGUCGACCUGGACCGCGACUGCGGCGCCGAGGGCUGCGUCGUGCGCGCGCUCCAGAAUUACACUACGAUCCUGAUCGGCCAGAAGGCGAGCACUGCUAACCUGCAGAUCGCAGCCAAGAUGGUCAUCCACUUUGCGGGCGACAUAGGACAGCCGCUACACUGCGAAGCCUUAGAGAUCGGCGGCAACGACAUCGACGUGCAGUACGACGGCGAGGACACCAACCUGCACGCGGUCUGGGACAGCAACAUCCCCGAGUCCAUCUCCGGCGGGUCCUCGCUGUCGUCUGCGAAGUCGUGGGCCCAGGAGUUGAUCAAGGAAAUCGACUCGGGCGCGUACAAAUCACAAGCAUCCAAAUGGGUCUCGGGCCUCAGCGUGGCCUCAGCGGCGAAGCAGACGGCGACGGCGCUGGGCUGGGCGACGGACAGCAACGCGUACGUGUGCUCGACGGUGCUGGCAGGCGGCGUGAGCGCCGUCGAGAAACAGGACCUCAGCGGGAAGUACACGACGGCCGCGCAGCCCGUCGUCGACUUGCAGAUAGCGAAGCAGGGGUACCGGCUCGCCAAGUGGCUCGACGCUAUCGUUGCUGCGAUUCAAUGAAGUUUUGUUCGUGUAUGCGUGAGAUUUUGAUGAUUAUGGCGGUGGGAGUUUGGUGCAGGUGGAGAGGGCGCGAAGAGGAAAAGGAAAGGAAAGUAAGAGACGA